GUAGCAUGAUUCUUCUGUUUAGUUGCAAACACUAAAUUUGCCUUUGGGGAAUAGUUAAUAAAUCAUUUAAGACAACGCAAUAGAGUAAAAGGAAAAAAAAGUGGGAUCGAAUCUUUUUCUUAACAAAAGGGAUUAUCAAUAACAGGGUAAAUACAGCACAGAAUGAAAACGAGGGCCACUAAUCUGAGUCCCAAUGCUAAACCCUGGGCACCGUAUAGUGGUGGACUAGCCCACACAAACGGUGGGGGUGGCAAUAACAACAACAACGGUAGCAGCCGUUCGCACUACACACAGUACAGAAGCAGUGGUUUCACUCAUCAACAAGCUGGUGGGAAAAGUAACAACAGCCAGCAGCGCAACACUCCGGCGAAUCAAAACAACAGCCCAUUCUGGUCUUCAGUACCAACGUCAAUCAGCCAAAAGCAACAGAUGCUGCUGCUCCAGCAGAAACCGCAGCACGCACGGCCAAAGUUCAGCUCCACUGCUGCAAAGCUUUUCGUUGGUCAGCUGCCCUUUGAGUGUACGGAAGAGCGAAUGUGCAAUCUGUUCAGCGCGUAUGGGACGGUUGAGCACAUUCACAUUCUCCGUGACAACAGCAACCGCAGCCGUGGUGCAGCCUUUGUUACGUACUCGACUGUCCAAGAGGCUGAUACUGCCAUUUUCACGCUGCACAAUAGGUACCGCAUGCUUACUAACCGCGCUAUCCAAGUCAGCUACGCGAAGAACAGUCCUAAUAUUUCGCGCUUUGGGACGUGUAGCGCGCUGGAAGUACAUGAAUCAUUUCCGACAAACCCCGUUCCGGAUGUAGCUGCGACAGUUCGCGUGCAGGCAAAUGGUUUUUAA